CUUGGGAGUCUUUAGGAGUCGUAACCCAGUACCUGUGUUUACCCAGUCUACUGUUCUGUAGACAGUUUUCUCAUUGCCUCAGUUAAGGAUUUCCACUCCAGAAUCUGCAGCUAAAUGAGAUCAUGAUUUUGGAAGGAACUGCCAGAAUGAGUAUUAAUUCCAGCAGCAAUCUACUCCACCAGCAGCCUUCCUGGACAGACGGAUAUUCCACAUGCAAUGUGUCCAGCAGCUUUUAUGGAACCCAGUGGCAUGAAAUACACCCACAGUACUGGACUAAGUUUCAAGUCUGGGAGUGGCUUCAGCAUCUCCUUGAUACCAACCAACUGGAUGCCAGCUGCAUACCCUUCCAGAAGUUUGAUAUCAACGGGGAGCAUCUGUGCAGUAUGAGCCUGCAGGAAUUCACUCAGGCAGCUGGGACAGCAGGGCAACUUCUUUACAGCAACCUUCAGCACCUAAAAUGGAAUGGCCAGUGCGGAAGUGACAUAUAUCAAUCUCAUAAUGUCAUUGUGAAGACAGAGCAAGCAGAUCCAUCAUUAAUGGUGUCCUGGAAAGAAGAGAAUUACCUGUUUGACAGUGGCUAUGGUAGCACAGUAGAGCUAUUGGACAGUAAAACAUUCUGUCGUUCUCAGAUUUCCAUGACAACACCUAGUCACCAACCUCCUGAUACUUCAGAUGUGAAAAAAUCGCAAGAUCGUACCCCAAAGUCCCACAUCAAGAAGCACAACCCUCGAGGAACUCAUCUUUGGGAAUUUAUUCGAGAUAUUCUUCUCAGUCCUGAGAAAAAUCCAGGAUUAAUCAAGUGGGAAGACCGAUCAGAAGGUGUCUUCAGAUUUUUAAAAUCUGAAGCUGUGGCUCAGCUCUGGGGAAAGAAGAAAAACAACAGCAGCAUGACUUAUGAGAAACUCAGCCGGGCUAUGAGAUAUUAUUAUAAAAGAGAAAUCCUAGAGCGUGUGGAUGGUCGGAGAUUAGUAUAUAAAUUUGGAAAGAAUGCCCGUGGCUGGAGAGAAAAUGAGAAUUAAGUAUGUCAAGCAAUAACAUUUAAAACACCUGGAUGUAGAUAUUCAAAGACUAUUUCUGAUAUUUAUGUACCAAACUGGGGUGAAAAAACAAUUCUGCUUCUCUUGGGAAGAAGGAACAUUAUCUUCGUUGAUGUUAAAAUUAUUUUAUUUGAAGUAUGUCCUGUAUGGGGAGAAAAUGUACACAGUUUUCUGUGAUAUAAGAUAACAUUAUAGAAUUAUGAUUAUUUUUCCCUUCUCAUGAAGUUUUUCUCUUUUUUUUUUUUUUUUUUUAAUCGUACAGGCAUAAUGUGAUUUAUGAGUCAUACAAAGAAAGGGAAGGAGUGAGAUACUAGGGCAUUUAGGGAGUAUGGUAACCCAGUUUGGAAGGCAACCAUAAGUAGAGGAAACAGUAAAGCGCCUCUGAGCCAAGUUGUCUCCUUCCAUAGUCAGUUGGUUAUAGCUUUCAUCGGCCAAUAUCACUUGUUCCUUCCCUCCUCUGAUUUCUGAGUGUCUUAACACUUUUCUAGUUUUCAGUUGCCUUUGUUGAGUCAGACAGCGAUCCCAAUGAUUUACCUUAUCCCAGCCACAGAGAACAGUGACUGUCAGCAUCUAUUUGGAGAACCUACCUCCAGUACUGUGGCCUUCUCUUGUGUGCAGAAGUUUAGGACCUGAACUUACCCAGUACUGAGUAUCCUCCCUUAAUCUCCAAAGGGCAUUCAGCUCAUCCCAGGAAAAGUGCUAUUUUGUGUGUAACUAACAUCACAUUGAGGUUAACUGCAGAAAUAGUCAAUCUCAGGGACCAAAAGCUAUUGAAGGAAGAUUAUUGCUUUCUAACUGGGAAAACUUACUGAAAGGCACCAUUUUCCUGGUAGUAAUAUUAAUAUUUCUCCCACACUCUCAUAUUCCUAAUUAAAGCAUUCAGAAUCGUGCCAUAUGAAGCAGUGAGGAGGUGGGCAAGCAGAACAUAUGUUAUCCCACGGCAUGAGGUAACAGUCUCCCCACUUCCUUCCAGUUCUAUGGUCCUCAUGGCAGGUCAAGUCUCACUUGGACUGAUACUUUCCAAAAAUCUUGGAGACCUUCCAAAACCCUUUACUGAAUGUAAAAUAUUUGUUCCCUUUGCUUUUCUCAAGUCUGACUCUAUACUGUAUUUGUAUUUGUUAUGCUUGGGAUUAUUAGUUGGAGAAAAAAAUCACCAAUAUAAAGACACUGAGAUUUUGGGGACAUUUAGAUCCGGGUCGGCAUUUUGAGGUCAUGUCUAGCAGCGCUGUGCAGAGACUGAACAUUCAUUGGCAGCAUUUUCUUUCUGCAAAUCACAAAUGCUUCCUGCUGGCAUCAAGCUCAUGUAGAACACGGGGAAAUAAAAACUAGAGGAGGCACCACUUCACCAGGUCAUUGAGUACCUGAGAUGUAGGAGUUGAGAAACAGGAUUUACUUGAUGAUGUUAGCAGAGAUGAAAACAAGAGAUGGAUUCCAACUCACUUUUUCAAUUUGGAAAACAAUAGCGGAGGGUGAGGAGUCCAGGACAAAAAAAGAAAGAGGAAGAAAAGAAAAUUAAAAAUCCUAAAUCUUUGCAAUAUCCAUUUCUUCAGGCAUUCCCUGGAUUUGAAUCCAUACGCCUUGAAAUGCAGUGCAGCUGGAGAUUAUAGGAUAUUCCUGGUUUUGUUUGAUUUAAAAAGAAAUAGAGAUGAAACUAAAAGACAAGGGAAUUAUCAGUAUAAAGUGUAUCAAAAGUGCUGAGCAACAAUUUGUAGGCAGACAUGACAGCCUAACUUGUUUAUCUACACAUUCAGGGUAUGUCAAACAAUAACACCGCCUCCUACACUGUGUAUGUCAGAGCUGUCGCCAUCAGUUACUCGUACAUGACAAUUUUUACUUUUCAUAACCUGGGUGGAGAGAGGUUCAUCUUAUUUACAAAUCAAAUAAUAAGCCUCUGUACUUCAAAGCAUUUUUUUCUCUCAGUCUAUUUAUCUCUUUUUUUUGAUUGAUUGUGCUAGCUUUUGCUUCCUUUUGCGCAACUCAAUCAUUUCCUUUUUUUAGCUUGAUUAGCUACAUUCCUCUUCCUUUACUAUCAUUUUGUAGUUCAUAUAACAAGAACCAAGCCACUAGAUGGGGAGAGCACCUUCAUUUUGCUCCAAAUACCAUCCCUUUCCCCUACUCUAUUAUUACUUGCAGCUACUUGUUCCAUGUUCUUCACCCUCCCCUGUCCCCCCAACCCAUACAUUAAGUGAAAAUCUGCAAUCAGUGGUACAGUCAUAAAUCUGCAACAAUCUGUUGUCCCUUAUCUCAGGUUAACAUACAUCUUACAGCAGCAGAUUGUAACACCUUCAUAACCCUGCUUUCUACCAGAUCUCUCACCAAACUUCUUGGGACAUGAAAUAAACUUAAGAUAUACACAUAUCACCACUUGAUUACAGAGCAGCAGAUAAACCUACUUUUAAGGGGUUUGAAAGAUAAAAUUUUUUAGAAGCAUACCUUAUAAAUCUAGAGAGUGAUUUACACUAGGGUGUAGUAUAAAUGCUGUCUUCCACUGUCACAUCUUUCAGCACGUGGAAAUUGUGAAAGUUUCUGCAAGUUUUCUCUGUAGAACUUUUCAGAUCAGGUACUUGUCAUUCAGCAUUACAAUAGCACAAAGUCGAAAUACAAGACAGCCAACAUUUACUCCAUUUUACAAACAUAUUAACCUUUGCCUAAGACAAACAUGAAGGACUGCUUAAAAUUGCAGUUCUUGCCAAGGACAGAGGUAACCAACCAACAGAAGUCUUUUCACAAAACCUAAGCAAAUGGAGAAAAUGAAAAGAUGAACGUUCACAUAAAUUACUAUUUAAACAAAAAUCAUUUCUGAUUGUUCUUUUAUUUUCUAUUUCAGAGGCUGUGCAGUCAUAUUUUUAGAUGUAUCUAUUAAGUUAGGAGCUGCUGAACUGGUAGCACUAUGUGUAUAAAUUUUUACUGUACCAUAGUUUUUCAUAUGUAUAAAGCUCUACACAGGAAAGUAUAUUGUAUUUAUAUAGUUACAUGCAAAUCACAGUGUCAAAGGUGUUGGCGUGAACACUCUCAAAUUAUAUUUUCUGCAAAAAAUAAGAGCAACUUGCUCUAAAAACUUCCUAAGACUGUGUGUAGGCUGGUGAACUACACAGACAUUAAAAUGUUUAGUUACAUUUUUAUCUUUCUUUCUUUAGCACUUUGCAUAAUUCCUGCUUGCUUCUCACAGCAUCAUCUUCAAUGUGUACAUGUGGAAAUAAAUCCGUGUUAGAUAUUUCACUAUUGUUACUGUAAAUCUCAGCUUGGAGACUAUGUAUCACAAAAUGGUUCUAAAGACAGUUUCUAUUUUUGUGGAUAUGAUAUUAAUUUGAAUAAAACACUCAUGAAAGGAAUUCUUUGAUAGAUGUUUAUCUUAAUUUCUUUAUGUCUGGAGAUUUGAAGUGACUAAUUUGAAUUAUUUCAAUACCACACAACAUUUCAAUAUUGGCAAAAGGACUGAUGCAAUUACCACAAAAUCCAAUAGCUUUAAUUUACUAGUAGAUGGGCUGAGUAGCCCAUCUAUUGUGAAGAUACCAGAUUUCCAAACCUGUUUUAUGUCUCACAGGUCUCUCUGGAAUACUUAAUUAGUUUGACACAGCUAGAUUGCCUUUCCUUUUAAGCUGCUGAACUUUACGAAACUCUUACUUCAGCACUGAUUUAACUUCAAGGUAUUUUGAAGUGUGCGCAAGUGUGUGCCAGGGCUAGGCUGAUAAAGAAUGCCAUUACUCACAUUCAGCUCUGAAUUUCCUUUACUGAAUCAAAUAAGUUAAAAUUGUGAAAUCCUGUCCUUCAUGUUAUUUUUCCAUCGAAGUGCUGGCUACAAAAACACUCAAUGAACAAAGAGAACAUGUCUCCUGAUUUGUUCUGCAGCUUGAUAUAAAAAAAGUGAAAACUCGUAUAAUUAAGAGAAAGUCAAAUGCUUGUAUGGCAUUUAUACUCUGUGGGAAAAUGUGGCUGUAUCAGUAUGGCGCAAGUUUGUAGUACAUGGACCUUGUAGCCCCUGUCACUGCUGCACUGGGCAUCCUGAACUGGCUGGCAGCACGGGGGCCCACAAUGGUGCCAUGUGGUAUGCCUGCUGUGGUAACCUGUGCUUGUUACUCCAGUGCGUCCGGAGUCGGGCUUGAAUUACAGACUGGGAGCUUCACUGCAAUGGGACAAACCACAAUGUCAUGCUCUGUAAUAUACAAAUAUGGUUAUUUUUAAGCAAACAAGUAAUUCCACUACAUUUCAAACUAUGUAUAUGGGUACAUAAGGAUGGUGGCUCUAAAAGUGUUCAGUCAACAUUGAAUCAGCCUGUGUUCAAACCCAGAAUUUCAAGGGCCUCAAAAUUAUGUCCACCUAAGUAGGAGACUAUGUUUGAAUUUUAAUGACAGGUAUAAGGUUGUAUGUGUGUUUGCAUGCAAAACCAAUCUCAAUACAGAGAAUAAAGAGGGAAAUGGUUGAUUUGUAAUGCUGUAUGUAGGUAUUGCAAAAUAAGUGAGCAAAUGAUAGCUUCUUCUUCCUAAGAUUUUUGGUUCCUUAUUCAGCAUUUAUACUGUCCCUGGGAGCAAAGUGCUUUGUGUGAGAGGUUGAGGAUAAAUUUAUUCUAAACAUGUCAUGUCACAAAAAAGAA